UGUCAAUAUGGCGGACGAAGUAGCGAAAGCGAAGGCAGCGAAACCGGGUGGCGAUACCAUCUUCGGAAAAAUCCUGAGGCGUGAAAUACCAACGCCGUAUAUUUACGAAGAUGAUCAGUGUGUUGCCUUCAAAGACAUAAAUCCCACAGCACCUGUCCAUUUUCUGGUGAUUCCAAGGAAACCAAUCAUGAGUCUUGACAAUGCGGAGGACGAGGAUGAACAGCUUCUUGGUCACUUGAUGCUGGUAGCAAAGAAGGUUGCUAAGGAACAAGGCCUUGAAAACGGUUACCGUGUUGUCCUUAACAACGGAGAAGAUGGCUCCCAAUCGGUGUUUCACAUACAUCUUCAUGUCAUGGGAGGAAGACAGAUGAACUGGCCCCCUGGAUAACUGGGUCAAAGUUCAAGGUCAACAACAAUCUAACUGUGUCAAGGCCAACUCUCAGAUUUACAAGUUCUGCUGUCAUCGGCUCAAGUUUUUAUAGGCUCAUUUUAUAUUUUAGAUUUGUUUUUUCUUUGCAAUUUGUGUGCAUAUAAAUUGAAUAUUUAUCCAAUUUAAUUUAUUGUCAAAAUUCAUGUUGCUUUUUAUGAUGUUUCUAAAGAUUGUAUAUUUGUAACUGAAUAUCAUCUCACAUUGACUUAUGGUGAAUUGCAAAAAGUUCAACAGUCCCUACUCCCAAGUUAAGAACUACAGGUGUAUUAAAAGACAAUUGUAAAUCAUACGUUUAAAGAUUUUGUGAGCUUCUGAUUUUAGAAAAACUUUUGUUUUGAAUACUGAUUGAUUGUUAGAUAUGCUUAUGAAUCUAUUUGGAAGAUAUAUACAAGUACUGUAUAUUGUUGUUCACUCCCAUAUCUGGACUCAAUAUUUGCAACUGAUAUGUUGUCAUCUUACACAGCACUUCAUGAAUAUUUCAUAGCUGAUUCUAAGUUUUUAUUAGAAAACUUUUACAACUAGGUUCAAAACCUGUUUAUUGUUAGUUCACUGACUCAUUGUAAAUGGGGAAUGGAUGAAUAAAAUGUGUUUCAAUCUUUGAUUGAUCCUAUU